AUGUCCGCGGAGGGACCCGGGCUCUCCCCUCCUGUCCUGUCGCCCUCUCUCUCGCCCCUCCAUUCCCGUCGCGCUCUCUCUCUCCGCGCCCUUCUCGUCGCCCUCUCUCUCGCCCCUCUCAUCUCGUCGCGCUCUCUCUAUCCGCGCCCUUCCCGUCGCCUCCCUUCCCAUCGCGCUCUCUCUCUCCCCUCCCUUCCCGUCGCCCUCUCUCUCGCCCCUCCCUUCCCAUCGCGCUCUCUCUCUCCGCGCCCUUCUCGUCGCCCUCUCUCUCGCCCCUCUCAUCUUGCCGCGCUCUCUCUAUCCGCGCCCUUCCCGUCGCCUCCCUUCCCGCCGCCCUCUCUCUCUCCCCUCCCUUCCCGUCGCCCUCUCUCUCCCCCCUCCCUUCCCAUCGCGCUCUCUCUCUCCGCUCCCUUCCCGUCGCCCUCUCUCUCGCCCCUCCCUUCCCGUCGUGCUCUCUCUCUCCGCGCCCUUCCCGUCGCCCUCUCUCCCGUCGCCCUCUCUCCCAUCGCCCUCGCUCUCUUCUUCGCUCUCGUACCUUUAUUCCAUCCCGUCUCGUCGCCCUCAAGAACUCCCCUACCUUCGCGUCUUCUUGUUGUUCUCCCAUCCCCUUUCUUCGCCCUCGGUGUCUCCGCUCCCCUCCCUUCUUUCUUCCUCUCUCCGCUCCCCUAA